UGAGGGUAGUCCACUGCCUGCUCCUUUGGACUGUGCACUUCUUCCCAGCCACGCCGCACACGGCUCUUGGGGUAAGUUUCACUAGACCAGGCUGCCCAAAUCCCCAUCCCACCUGACCUUGAACACUUCCAGGGAUGGGGCAUCCACAGCUUCUCUAGGCAACCUGUGCCAGUGUCUCACCACCCUCAUCAUAAAAAUUUCUUCCUCAUCCGAUCUAAGCCUACCCUCUUCCAGUAUGAAACCUUUUCCCCUUGUCCUGUCGCUGCAGGAGGAAAUAUUUUGAAGUAUUCAUUAUGUUCAACAUGCCAAGCAACCUCCAGCACAACUCCUGGAGUGUUAGAAACCUGCUAUUCAGCCUCCUUUACCCAGCAGUAACAGUGCAGCUCCCAAGGCAUUGCGUAGCCAAGCUUUCCUUCCAGGCUGGCAGGGUUUGUCUGGUUGGAGGUGAUGGACCGUUUGACCAAGCGGUGACGGAAGCUGUUCUGGAUUGUGCCUGGCUGCACCACACACCGUCCCAGCAAGUGGUCCUGCCUGCAGGAGUCCCGUGUGCCUACCUUGGGGUCACUGCCCAACCAGGAGAGGAAUGAAGUGGCUAUUGAUAUUCGUACAACUGUAGUUUUAUCUUAUGGCAAAAGUCAUAUAGAUCGCAUUGUCACCAACAAGUCACAGAUUCUCACCAACACGGGAAAUACUGGAGAGCUUAAGCCUAAUACAGGCUUUUUGACUGAAGGACAACUGCUGGAGGCGUGUGUGAUCCUGUCGGCUAACUCAGUAUGUCACUGCAGUAGAAGGGUAGAACCGAAGGCUCGAUAUGUAGAGAUACACUGUCAGUGGGGAGUUCUCAGUUGGUCUGUAUGAGCAAGGGGCCAUGAGCUCUGCAUUCUGGACCUUGAUAAGACUUCUGGACCUCAAAAUGACUAUUCUGCCCUUGCAGUCACCUUUCUGGUUUGUGCCACGGAGUCAUCUUAUUUCAGAUUUAAUCUGCAUUCCACUUCUUAUUUUUCAGGUUCUCCAUAAGGAAUCAAAGACUGGUAAUCAGCAAGAUGGCUGUAUAAAUCUUAUUCCCUGCAAAGAUAACGGAGCUAUUUGUAUUCAGCCUUGUUCUCCCUCCUUCCAUGGGGAGACAAGCUUUGUUUGUGAAAACAGAAAGUGGCAAGUGUUUGCAGAUGCCUGUGCAAGCCUGGAUGUUCAGUCUCUUUUUCAGAGAAUUUCUGAACGUGAGCUCCUUCCAAGCUCUGGAGGACAGGUUAGUGUUGCUGGAGAACACCUUCCUUUUGUAGGGGAAGGAAAGCCAGCACAUGGGAAGCCUGGAGGUGGAGCAAAAUAUUUUGGUGAUGACGACCAUGGGAAUAGUAACUGCCAAGCUGAUUUUUCAUGCAUCAUCCCAGAUAUCCUGUCUUCACCAGCCAUUCCAGGAAACAUUGCUGAUAUAGUGGAAUUGCUGAAGAAGAUUUCCCUGCUGUUAUCAGAGAAUGUCAAUAGAGGAAAAAUGCAGGCUUACAGCAGGAUAGCAAACCAUAUUCUUAACAGCUCCAUUAUUUCCAACUGGGCUUUUGUAAAGGACAGAAAUGCUAGUUCAGUAUUACUGGACUCGGUGAAUUUAUUUGCUGGGAAACUUCUCCUAAGGAAUGGGUCAGAACGUAUACAGGAGCGCUUCAUCUCUACAAAAGGCUACAGCAUACAUAAAAACACUUCUGGAAAGAGCUUUGAUUUUUCUAUGGAGUUCAAUAACACAGGCAAUAUCACUGGGCACGUGGUGAUUCCAGAAGAAGAGCUUUCCAGGUUACCCAAGGCUUCCAAAGCCAUCAGCAUUGCAUUUCCAACACUUGGAGCCAUUAUAGAAACCAGCCGGUUGGACCCAGUUUCUGUAAAUGGAAUGGUGUUAUCCGUGUCUCUGCCAGAAGAGCUCCGGCGUAUUUUGCUCACCUUUGAAAAGGUGAAUAAACUGGAGAACGUCAAGGCUCAGUGUGUUGGGUGGCACUCCACGGAAAGGAGAUGGGAUAACAGGGCGUGCAAAAUGACAUCUGACAACAUCAGCAGUGUUGUUUGCGUCUGCAAGUACCACCGUCGGACAUUCAAAUCCUUCUCCAUUUUGAUGUCCCCUGCCGUGCUCCGAAAUGCAGUGCUGGAUUACGUUACACGCGUAGGGUUAGGCCUUUCCAUUUGCAGCCUGGUUCUUUGCCUUAUCAUUGAGGCUGUUGUCUGGCGCCACGUUACAAAAACCGAAAUAACCUACAUGCGCCAUUUUUGUUUGGUCAACAUCGCUACAUCGCUUCUCAUCGCCGAUGUUUUGUUCAUCUUGGCGGCUGUUGUUCACAACACAGCCCUAAACUAUCAGUUGUGUGUAGCAGCCACGUUUUUCCUUCACUUUUUCUAUCUUGCCUUGUUUUUUUGGAUGUUUACCUUGGGCCUUUUGAUUCUUUAUGGAUUAUUAUUAAUUUUUUUUAAGAUAACAAGAUCUGUAUUCAUAGCUACAGCAUUCUCUGUUGGAUAUGGAUGUCCCUUGGUCAUAUCUAUCCUCACUGUUGCUAUUACUGAACCAAAAAACGGGUAUUUAAGGAGUGGAGCCUGCUGGCUCAAUUGGUAUGAGACCAAAGCCCUCUUGGCCUUUGUUGUACCCGCUCUGAGCAUCAUUGUUGUGAAUGUGGUGGUGGUGAUAGUAGUUGUGGUGAAGACUGGGAGAUCCUCUGUUGGAGAAGGCUGCCAGUCACAAGAUUUGAGCAACAUGAUCCGAAUUAGCAAAAAUGUUGCCCUUCUGACACCUCUUCUGGGUCUCACCUGGGGGUUUGGAUUAGCCACGGUUGUCGACAGUCGCUCUCUGGCGUUCCAUGUUAUGUUUGCACUAUUGAACGCCUUUCAGGGAUUCUUCAUCCUGUUGUUUGGGACACUUCUGGACAGAAAGACAAGAGAAGCCUUAAGGAUGAGCUGCCUUUCAUCAAAGAGGAAGUGUAGUCUAGCAAAGGUAAAGAUUUAUAUAGAUUGCUUUUUUCCCCCCUUAGAGGCUUAAUUUACUAACUUACCUUAUUUGUAUGAGGAAAGAAUGGAACAAAUCACUGAAUCUUACCUGGUUUAACAUUUUUCUAAGGCAAAUGCUUGCUGAAGGAAAUACAGUGUCCUGGUUUUGGCUGGGAUGGAGUUAAUUUUCCUCUUGGUGGUGCUGUGUUUUGGAUUUGGUGUGGAAACAGUGUGGUCAGGGACUUUUUGGUUUCUCAGGCCUUGCUGGCGGGAGGGCUGGAGGGAUGCAGAAAAUUGGAAGGGAGCAGAGCCGGGACAGCUGACCCCAACUAGCCAAAGGGAUAUUCCAUACCAUGGGAUGUCAUGCUCAGUAUAUAAACUGGGCGGGUUGCCCAAGGCUGCCGAUCGCUGCUCGGGGACUGUCUGGGCAUCGCUCAGCAGGUGGUGAGCAACUGUACUGGGCAUCACUAGUAUUCUUUUCUCCCUUGCCUUUGAAUUUCACUCCUCUCCCCUUCUCCCUUGUUUUCAUUAUAGCUUAUUAUUACUCUUUUGCUUUUAUCUCAAUUGUUACAACUGUUCUUAUCUCAGCCCUCAAGUUUUACAUCCCUUUCUGAUUCUCCUCCCCACCUCCUUGCGUUGGGGGAAGUGAGCGAGCUGCUGCGCGGCACUUCGUUACUGUCUGGGGUUAAACCGCAACAUACAGGUAUCUGAAAAGGAUGUUGAGGGUAUUAAGCUUCUAGAUAUUAGAAGUGGCAAUCCAUAGACUUUUGACUGCUACAUAACCUACUGCUGUUACAAAAUUAAAAAUGGUAUUUUAAUCUCAUCUUUUCACCUGUAGAUAUCAAAGUCCUUUAGACAGAGAUGCCAAUGACCUUUUUCCCCAGCUGUAAAAUACACCUAAUUUAAGGUGACUAAGUAAGGAGCAGAAUUAGGAGUCCAAAAUCCCAAUGUAAUGACCUAUUUGCCAUCUAUACGAAAAUAUGGAUCCGUAUGAUGGCAGGGCUGCUUUUAGAUAUCAGAAGGUGGUUCUGCUUCCAGCUGGACAUCAGUUCAGGAUAGAAACCGCUCAGAGCCCAGCCGGUACAUUUGGUGCUCAUCAAUGUUGGUUCUCAAAGAGCCUGAGGGUUUUUUUAAAUAUCAAGACAAUUCAUUAAAAGCCAGUGUUUAAACCUUAAGGAAACAGCUGUGUUUCAGCAGCUUCCUAGGAAAACGUAGGUGGAAUUGAAGUGCUGACCUUGCUGAGUUAGUAUUUCCUACCUCUGCUGGAAAAGUUUAUCUGCUGUUUGUUAGAUUUCCUUUGGUACCGAGGCUUUAAUGCUUUCAUGCUGUAUUUAUAAAAGGGAAUCCCCUUUAGCUGUCUUGCAAGAAUAGUCUGCAGUGCUCCUGCUGUCUGCCAAAAGAAACUAUGUCAGUUCAGUUUGAACUUCAGGAAAAUAAAGGUAUUUCCUUGCUUUUCUCCAGUCUAUAUAUCAGUCCUGAUUCUAGUAUUGAAAGCUAUUCCUAGUUUUACAGAUCCAGGAUCCAAAUAACAGUGAAGUUGUUGCACAUCUUAUCAAACUUCAGGUCAGGAGUGGAAGUUUGUAGGUUAAAAUUCUCUCAAGUCACCACCAGUAUAAUAUUCUGGAAACAAUGGUAGAAAUUUCACUAAUCCCAUGACUUGACAACACUUGCUAAAAGUAUUAAGUGAUCUCACUGGGCAAAAUUUUACGUGGAAACCAUGGCUGCCUGUGUCUACAAGCUUGGGUCAAUGUGGCCACUCACCUGGGUGAAAGAGGCCACAUGAGUUUGACUUACAAGAGCUGGAAAAGUUUGUCACACCUGAAAUGGUUGUUAAAAAAAAUAAUAAAAAAAAAAUUAAAACCUCUUGUUUCAGAGAGGUUUCAGAAUGGGACUGUAUCUGGGGGUUUAAUGGCGAUUGUGUAAAACACCUAGAAGGGUUAUGCAGACUCUCGCUUCAGGUCCCCUGGUUGCUCCAGCCUCAUAAAAACCCUUCUUCUGGAUCAGAUUUUAAGAUGACCAUCUUGUGGUGUUUCUCACAGGAUUUGAAGGCACCUCCUUUUUGAAAUGGAACUUCCACCUACACGGAUGACAUAUCUAAUCUGACCUGCUGAUUUCUUUUCCCUUAGUCCUAGCAAUGGACGGUUGUCUUCAGUGAACCUGAGCAGUGAGAGGAAAAAGGAGCACUUUUUACACAGAAAUCCUGGUUUGAGAUGAGCCAAAGUGGCUGACCAGCUCAGAGCAUGGACAGCACUGUCCUGAAGCACGACGACGGGAAACAUCAUGAAAACUAGAAGAGAAAAGGCUCUGAACCUGCUGUCAGGAGCAGGAAAUCAUCAGGGUUGCUGCAGCCCUUGGAGGAAACACACUGAUACACCUUUCUCACCUUUAUGAAAACUGCUGUGAGGAGAGUUUGUCCUCGUUUGCCAUUUCAGUGCUUCAGUUUCUUUUAUUAUUUUUUUUUUAUGUCAGUGCAAUGAGGAGCCGUACAGCAUGUGGAGCUGUUCUACAGUUAUUUAAUUUUUAAUGUGAUGUGGAAAUAUUGUGUGUUAUUGAGCUGGUUUUGGCUAUCUUUGAUCAAAAGUGAUUCUGUUAGGUGGCACUGUAUUCAUAAUUUCCAUUUGUCCUCCCAGACUGAGGGAGCAUGUAACACUAUUUCUGCCUUGCAGCUGUUCUCUCCAUCUCGGUAUUUGUCCAUCUCGGUGCUUGUGUGUCAGAGGAAUUGUACAAAGCACUGUUUCAGUUUGCCAGGAUAGAAAUUUCAUUCUUUUUCCACCCUGCAAGACAAUGACAAAGAUAAACAAGAAUGAACAUUCUGCAAAUAAUUAGUUUCCCUCUUUAGAUGUGGCAAAGUAAGUUGUGAAUAUGCUUCAGUUUAAUCAUGUGGAUGGAAAGCUCCCACGUCCCAUGCGGUGUGCUAACGAAGGAAAUGGUUUGUCCAUGUGAGAUGGGGUACUCGGCUUCAUUAGAAAAUCAGUCCUCGGUCUGAGAAAUCCUUUUUUAAUGCAAGCUUUGAUAGAAAUGUUAUUCUCUCUUGUCAGGACACAUCAAUGUUUUCAAAUGGAAAUAAGGUUGAAAUUUUGUCAUUGUUUCUAAUAAGCAGUCACUAUUCUCUACCGAAAAAAGCAGAUAAAUGCCCUUUAAUGUUAGCUGGUAUUACUCAAGUCAGAAAUCACUCAUCCCCCUGUAGCUUCACAUACGUUUGAAAUACAGAAAAUUUAAUCAAAAUAAUACUGUUUAAUGUCAUCAACACCCCUUUACUGAAGAGGGAGAAAAAUACCCUGGGAAAUGAACUGAGGGGUGUGGGGCAUGUGAUGCGUACUAUG